AUGCUUAUCAGGAACACUUUGGCAAAUCUUAUCAGUGCUCCAGAGUCAGGCGUCGUGCGAGGUCUUCAGAAGUUCCCAGUGUGCAAACCAGAAAGUUUAGCUGUGAUAUGGAAAACCAGCAUCCAGAGUUUGAUAAUUAUCUCUAACGAAGCCGUUCCAGAUCAGAAAGAUCCUAGACCAAAGAAUAUGAUAAUGACAAGAAAAGAAGUGAACCGACUAGGCGUGCUUGGCGCCACUAGUUACAUAAUUGGUUCUGUGAUUGGAUCCGGUAUAUUUGUUUCACCGAAGGGCAUUCUUGAGCAUACUGGUUCCGUUGGAUUGUCGUUGAUCGUUUGGAUAGCUGCCGCCGUUUUGGCUAGUCUGACAGCAAUAAAUUACAUCGAGCUUGGUACUAGCAUUCCCGAAUCAGGUGCUGAGUUCGCUUACAUCAGCUAUGUCAAAUGGUAUCCAAUCGCGUUCUCAUUUCUGUGGCUGGCCACUCUCAUACAAUGUUCAUGUGGCGGAGCAACACUAGCACUCACAUUCGGCGAAUAUAUUAUGGAAGCUAUCACUCCAGUAGCAUGUUUGAGCACUGAACAUCGAAAACUAGCUGUACUCCUUCUAGCUUACGGCAUUUUGCUGUCGACGUCGUUGCUGAACAUGUAUUCGCUAAGCAGAGUCGCCGGUCGUAUUCAGUUUGCCAGUAUGACAGCAAAAGUUGCAGCGUUAGUUAUGAUAAUAGGAAUUGGUUUGUACUACAUGAUAUUCAAAGGCGAGACUCAGCACUUCAGCAAGGACUACAUUUUCAAGGACAGUAACUGGUCUGUUACUCAAAUUGUGUUAGGCUUGUAUCAAGGAAACUGGGCCUAUGGUGGUUAUACGAUUCUCAACUAUGGCAUGGAGGAUAUUCAGAUAAAAAAUUUCAAAAUAGCGGUUCUUAGCGGUCUUUUCGUGAGCGCCAUUAUCUAUGUAUUGGCGAAUGUGGCGUAUUUCGCUGUGCUUACACCUCAGCAAAUACUUGAUUCUUCCGCUGUAGCAACGACAUUUGCACAACACACCAUUGGAUCGGCAUCGUAUGCAAUGCCAGCUCUAAUUGGUUUUCUUAUGCUGGGAACAGUAAAUGCAGAGAUAUUUGCUUGGAGUAGAUAUAUGCUAGCUGGUUCUCGUCGUGGAAUGAUGCCGUCAGUGUGGUCACUUAUCCAUCCCGAAAACGAUAGUCCUCGGCCAGCAAUAUUUACUCAUACAAUUCUCUGCAUGGUAUUUUGCCUAAUUGGCGAUGUGUAUAUUUUGGUAAAUUACUUGACUGUAACAGCGUUGAUGUCUACAAUGUUUUCGGUUGCAGCUCUCAUUUAUAUCAAGUGGAAGAAUAUUCCUGUCAGCAAAACCGCAGUGAAGGUAGUUUUAUCUACUUUACUUUUCUCAUUUAUGAUCAAACCUCCCUUCCUACUAUCAAUCAAAACUUUACAAUCAAGCUCUUGUUCAUUGCCAACAUCCGGGCAGAAUGAUCUGCAGUGCAGCGAUUAA